CAGACAGCCAGGAGGCGGAAGCUGGCGGCAGGGCGUGGAGUCCCGAGGAGGGCCUGGGAGGGCAGAGGUGGGAUUGCGCCUGGAGACGUCACCCACCUAGACCUCAUAAAAGGGGCUGCAACCAGGGACCAGUGAGAGUAAACCCAGGAGCCAGUGGCUUCUCUCGGUGUGUUACAACUACCCAAGUGGCUCUUCUCCCUCCAGCCCUCCUGCCGGAACCCAGCCAAGCCUCUGAACAUCGUGGAACUGCCUCUUCCUGCCAGAAUGACUGCACUGGCUUCUUGGCAGCUACUGCUUCUCCUCUGCAUCACUACCUUUGGGGAGCCUCUGGCAAACCCUGGGCCCACAGGCCAGCAGUCCGGAUCCCAGGAACUCAUCAAUGCCUGGAAAAAGGGCCCGCGGUGCGCAGAAGGGAAAUCUGGGGUUACAGGGCUGCGAGCCCGUAGGACCUCGCCAUGCCCACCGGUUGAUAGCUCCGCGGGGCGCCAGCGACCUGCGUGCACCGCUCGCGGUCGCCUGAUUCCGACACCCCGCGGAGCGGUGCUGGUGCAGCGCGAGAAGGACCUGUCAGCCUACAACUGGAACUCCUUCGGCCUGCGCUAUGGCAGGAGGCAGGCGACGCGGGCGGCGCGGGCAGCAGCGCGGGGCUGAGCGCAGGGAGGCGGGUGGAUUGCGAGCCCAGUCUGCCAGCAUGUAGUAGGGCUGGGGCAGGAGGCUUCUGCACUGGGGCAAUAAAGCGAU